AUGGCCGCUGGCCGCAGCGACUGCUCGCUCAUCAUCCGCUGUCUUAAAGCGUUCGUUUGGCUUGUUUUGCGUCCUUUGUUCUGCUGCCCUUGUCUGCACCCUCUUGCUGCUGCCGCUUUGCUUCGCCGCCGUCUCCUCUUUUCGCCUGCCGGAGACUUAGCUAGUUUCCCCCCCGCUUUGGUCAUGAUGGAGCCAGCCGAUGCUGACAAUGAUGAGCCGCUUCCGGAUAGACUGGAGGCAGCGGUGGGUAGCAUCACAGUCCUCCCACGGCUCACUGGUAUCCCACUUGGUCACGACUGCUCGUGGAAGGGCAGUCAGGUCUCUCGUCUGGCAGCUUUGCAAACUGGUGGCAUUGGGAGGGACAGGUAUGCCUGGGGAGCGUGGUGGGCGGAGGCCAUGUCGGAUCUAGGAGCAGACAUUGCUGCUUUGACAGAAACCCGUAUCGAUGGAGCCUCCGCACACAACGCUGCAAUCAACGGCAUGUGGGAUGCCGGUUAUCUCUGCAUUUCCCAUAACGUCUCCAAUGCCGACAGACGUACAGACAAUCCGCUUGGCUCUGGAGUGGCGCUGGCCAUCAAGCGCGAGGUGGCCGCUGAUUGGACAGAGGUCACACCCGGACCACAUGGUCGAGCGCUGGGCGGCUCCAUCCGUCUGCAUAACGGGGCUGUGCUCCGGGUAGUCGCGGUCUAUGGCCCGACAGGCGCAUGUCUACCAGGCUUCACUCAGAACCUCAGGGCCGUCCAGCACGAAACUGAUCUCGUCACCUUUCUGCAACAGCAAGUGGCCAUGGCUCAAGCAAAAGACUGGACUCUGGUGGUUUUAGGUGAUUUGAACUCCUUUACCGACGGGGCUCUAGAUAAGUGGCAGGGUCAAUGGCAAAUUCGAGACGAGUGCCUAGCCGUACAAUGCCGCGAAAUGGGUCUUAUUGAUACCUGGCGAGACUCUCAUCCCACACUUCCCGGUUUUACUUAUGUCUCUCCCACAGGCAGCGCUAGCCGCCUGGACUCCAUUUGGAUCCUCCCUGCCAUCGGAUUCCAUACACCUGUUCUCAACUCGGCACUGCUCUGGAAUUGGCACAAGAGAGUGGAUCACCAUCCGGUUCUCAUCGACUUGGGCAUUGACAUUCCCACUGUCCCAGCAGCCUCAUCAGAUCGUGAACAACCCCGGUGGCGAAAACUGGCUGAUAUGGCUCAUGGCCAUAACCUGCAGGCACUCAGGGCACAAGUAGAGGCCCAGAUGGACACACAUCGCCCCCUACUUAUGCAAGCUGCAGCGGAUCUCACAGAGGCAUCCACACACGGCGGCACUUCGCAUGCAACAUUGUCCGAAAUCGGAAUGGUACACGGGCAGACGCCAGCUCUUAGUCUGCGAGAGGUGUUGUGCUCUCGCGUUCACCAAGCACAUGACUCCAUCAUGGCAAUCUUGCAUCAAACUCUGCCGACGACGAACCAACCCAGCAUGGACCGGAAGCUGGGCAGGGCCCAAAAUGCCUGGGACACAUGUUUGGCUCUGCUUCGCUCUCUCAAGCACAUCCUGAUCGAUUCGGAAACUUAUGACCUGGAGACCGCCAACUCCAUAUUGAACCGCGCUGAUGUCAAGUGGCGUCAAGGCCUUCAUUUCCUGGAUAAGCGAGGACAAGUUACGAUACAACGGGACCCAUGGGACUGGGAUGGUUUUCAUACUCAACUCGAUCGUUGGUUAUCCUCUUUGUCUGCGCCAGGUGCUCCUCAGCUACGCCCCCCCGACAUUUGUCAACCGGCGGUUGAUGCGGUUGCGCGGAACUUGCACUGGGCACCUUCUGCCACGGAGACCGCAGACCGCAUUCUCCUAGUAGAAGCUUGGAUACAGGAAGCCCAAACACUGAGAGCCAAAACCGCCGCGCACCAGGCCCGUGAAGGACAUGAAAGGAGGGUCCACUUGCUACGCUCAGGUGAUCUCAGACGCUGGGCUCGCUGUUGGCGUACACCAGCAUACAAGCGCCAAGCCUACACUCCGCAACAAAUCACCACCGCCAGUGGUACUCGCCGUCCCAAGACCCCUGCGGAAAUGCGUAAGGCUGCUGCGCAGGAGUGGCAAAAACUCUUUGACCAUCCUUCUCGGCCGUGGUCGCAUGAGCUGGUGCAUACCUGGACGGACCCCUCAGGAUUCUUGCGGGGCAGCCCGAAAACACAUGACGUCCAGGUACCGCCAGAUGUGCUUCAGGCCCUUUUGUGCCCUGGACCGUGGAGUCGGUGUGUAUUUCGGGGUUCUGAGGUCCAAUGUUUGGUGGAGCAAGAGAUUCGAAUCCAGAUAUGGCGGUUUCGGAGAGUCGGGGGACUGUGGGAGGGCAAGCUUCUCGGUCCUUGCGAAGGCCAGGUACAAUGUGUGGUGCAUAUCAAUGGGCAGCCCGCACAUCUUUGGACCCUACGGCAGUGGCUCGCUCUUCCGCCACAAGAUACGCACUGCCUGUUUCUUCUGCGUCCCCAAGCUCUUCCUACCCCUUCUUGUCUGGGGCCGCUCACUGCACAUGAAAGAUCCCGGUGGUUGUCCAAGAUGUCGUCCUCCAGACCUGGACCUUCUGGAUGGAAGUUAUGCUAUCUGCAUUUCUACCCUGGGUGGGUCCAAGACAUCUUUUGGCUUUCUCUUGACACCCAACGUGCUAUUGGAUCAGUCGCGCCCUCGCUGAAAACCGCUGUGCAGAUCAACAUGCCCAAACCUAAGGGCGGCUGGCGGCCUCUGACGAUGCUUGAGGAGGCCUUCAAGGCCAUAGAAGGUCCGGUCACUCAUCGCUUGGUUUCGGCUCGUGCGUUCCUCACAGCUGGCUCCGUCUUCAGUGCCUGGAACCGUGCGUACGAACCCGGCCAGUCUGCGGCCUCAGAUGUCCUUUACCUGGAUGUCCAGGUGUGCGAAGACUCCCUGGCUCAUCAUCUCCCUCUGGCAAGGGUUCCCGCAGACUUUGAAAAAUUUUUCAAUACGGUCAAUUUGCACCAGGUCGACGCUGUGCAGCAAGCACGUGGGUUACCGGACCCCAUCCGCCAGCUAUAUCAGGCAGCCUUCCAGGGACUCACCAUUCAGGUGGACACCAAAUGGGGCCUGUCCGACCCGGUUCACUGCCAUCGCGGUAUUCCCCAGGGAGCAGCCUCAUCCCCGGAACUGUCCAAACCCGCCCAAGAUCCGCUGUUGCGCUUGCGCGAGAAUAGCACGGCCUGCUACGUCUCGUCAGCGGGUCGGCGGGAUCUUUCUAAAGGAAGCCAGUUGACGGGCAUUGGGUUUGCAUGGGACAAAUUCCAUGCCUUUGCCACGGAUUGGGACAUCGUGGCGGCAUCACCUCAGGGGCAAGCGGCCGGAUUCACUCCAGAAGGCAUACCGGUCUCAGGCUACGACAUUUGGGCAGGAGCGGAACUCGUCACCACUCUGCCCAGAGCCAGGGACACAGAUGAAGAGCUCCUUUUGGGAAAAAGGGGCACUUUUCUGGAUCGUCACUCGGCAGCGGCGGAAGACAUCCUGCUUAAACUGGACAAGCUCCUACAAGGAUUCUCAGCGCGGCGUUUCAGUUGGGAUGAGCUAAUAUUGGGAGCCCAAGUAUAUGCAGCAGGGUACCUCAACUACGCUCCUUUGGUGGGGAUACCCCAUCCGCAAGCUCUACACAGACACGAUUCUGCGGUUCAACAACAUCUCCUUCGUGCGCUUCAUGUACGUUCAUCGGCGGAGCGUGUGGGGCUCUUGGCAGCGCGGUCCGUUGGGGGCCUGCAGUUGUUCUCGGCGGUGGAGGGAUCAUUGGCAUCGGUGGCGGCAGAAGUUAUGCGAUUGCUGUCCUCUCUGUCCCCGGCUGGACAAUUAGCUAGGGACGCUUUAAAAGAGGCGAUGUCCAUGGCGCCGGAGGCGGCAGAGCAAUGCGACUACAUGAUUGUACGUGCACUGCGACAUCUAGCUGGCUACGAUUUGCAGGGGCACCGACCUCCUGGCCUCAUCGGACCUUUCGAACAACGCAAGCAUACCAACAUGUUGCCCUAUUGCAGAGUGGGUCGCCUUGCUAACGCUGUCCGUUCCUGUCUGCUCCAUUUCCGCAACAAUGGGAUUGCGGACACUGAAUGGGGAGACCCUGCACAUUGGUUUCACCUGCCGGCGAAUUGUCCGGCCUCACCGCAGCAAUGUGCUGCUGCUACUACUGCGAGCCUGGCACGUUCCUGUGCCGACUGGGCCCUUGAGUGUGAGCUCUUCGGGGUGCAUCAUUUGCCGAUUGCUGAAGACUGGUCUGCGGCAGCCUGGGAGCAUCCACAAGACCCCAGUAAUGACCUGCGAAGCCAACACCUGGAUAGCAAACAGCAGAUUCUACCCAACGUCGAUAUUGGCCUUUUUGCGGACGGCGGGGCCAACGGAGAAGCCACCGUGGCUGCAUGCCAGGCGAGAGCCUUCGCGGGUCCUCAUUACUGGAACACGGCUUCGGCAGCAGGCCCACAACUGGCAGUGCGACUCCCUGCUAGGUACGGUUGGGAGCACACCACGGUCCACACUGCUGAGCUAUUGGCCAUGCUUGCUGCUCUCCGUUGGCGUCGUCCUGGUGCUUGGAACCUCCUAGUACUGGAUAGAGCCUCACUGUUCCCCUUAUUGCAGCAAAAUGCCCACAAACAGAACAGAAUCCUUUCCUCCCCAUGCCUUCAUUUGGUAUCCCGGGUACACACGGUCACAGGGGAACUUUCAAGUGCCUGGCGGGAUCAUGCCCCUACGCCGCUCUGGAGAGCGCAUCAGCUCACUGCUCCCGAGACCUGGCACGUUCAGGGCAAUGUACAAGGCCGUUCGGCGUCGCUUUGCAGUAUCCCUUUUCUCGAUUUUGGCCUCGUUGGUGUUCAUGUUCGCAGUCAUCAAGCCAAUACCACUGCCCCGGCGCCCGUUAUCGUGGAGGGCAAUGAGAGACAAGACGAAGGUUGUCGUCACGCCUACCGUCUGCCGCAGCCGCCGGAUGUUUGGUGGCCCUCCAGUGGCUUAGCAUUCCAACUCUCAUACAAGGGGCGAGCGGUCACGGACACUUGCCGCAACUUCACUCGCAAACUCCUCCGCCAAGAGGCAAAGGACAAAUGGAAACUUCGCCCUGUACAGGGUAAGAUUGCUUCAGUUUCCGGUGCCUUUCUGCCAGGAAUGGACUUGCGGUUGUAUGUUUCCUUUACAGUGCCCAACCACUGGGCACGUUGGCUCCUACCCAGCGAUCGCCGCACUGUGGAUCUUUCUGCUUUCGCCUACAGAUGCUUGCGCGCCAUUGGCGGUGGCUGGACAGAAAGACUGCACUCCGAUACGAGGUUGCAGAAGCUAGCUCUUCGCUGGGCCGACUUUGCCAACACCUCUGCCAGAACGUGCCCGCUAUGCCUACAGCUCGCUGGAACACCUCGCCACGUGGUUAUGUCAUGCCCUGCCAUGCGCCCUAUGGUCCACCACUUCCUGGACGAUGUCGAAGCUGAGCUUGUUCGCUUCGGUAGUGCUGCACAGCACUCCCUUGAAGCCGCUAGACGCCUGCCUGCCUCCCCCAAGUCCCCCACCCCGGAAGACGCCACGCGCUGGCCCAUCCUCACUGCUUGGAGGUGGCUAGUGCCCAUGCGAACCGAAAUCGCGGAUUUUGCCGCGGAUGCAGCCGGGAGUAGUGCAGUACCCACUCGGAUGGAAUCUGGUACUGAUCUGGCCUAUCGUGGAGUCCUUCCAGCUGCAUUGGGACGCUUCAUCACACGUACAGCCACUGCAGCUUCCAAUGACGAGCCUGACGAUCCGGACCCCCUGGCUGAUGAGUCCUUUAGUUCCUCCCGAGACAUGCAUGGCGCUUCGGAGGAUGUAGCGCGCAGCCUCAGCAAGCUUACAUCCGUCGCUGGGGCGGGGGUUAGCGUCCUUCGCUUGCUAUUUCUCGGUCUUCGUAGCAUACGUGCUGAAUACCUCAAGCGCAUCGCUGCCUGGGCGGAUGCUACAGAGGCGGCACUGGAUGCCAAUAUCCAGCCUGAUUGGGGGUACUCAGAGAGCUGCGCUGGCUUGCCCCUCCAGUGGAAGUCGCCCUUGCCAGACUUCGUGGAGCCUGUCGUAUACCAGGGUAUCGGCCUUCUGAUGCUAGGCUUCGCAACAUGUUGCUUGCUGCUGGUGUUCCCUCCACUCAGCGGGACAAGCUUUCCUGGAUGGUCGAUGGUCUGCCUUGGGAAUUGGCACGGGUGCAGCUUUCACAGGUUUGUCAAUGCCCGCGCUUACUGCCUGCCCCUCUCAUCUCGUGCUGCAUCACCUGUCGUGGAGCCCAGAUGCAACCUGCAGUUCCAGCUCGCAUGUGCCCGUGGUGUCGCCAGGACUCGGCAGUACAUUGCCAAGCGUGUGGCUGUGCAUUACAUUUCCGUGGGGCAUGUGCUUGGAACAGGGGAGCCAACCGGCUUUUUCUCCCCACAGCGGAGGCCCCGGUGA